UCAUGCUUCAUUCUAAAGAUUCUCAUCCUCACUUCCCAAAGCUGCGCUGCCCGAGAUAGUGGACACUAGCCACGUGUAGAUAAAACUUAAUUAAAAUUAAAUAAAUCUUAAAAGUCCUGUUUCUCAGUGACGCCAGCCACGUUUCAGGUGUUCAGGAGCCGUGUGUAGACAGAGCAGAUGUGGAGCUUUUCCAUCGUUGCAGGAAGCUCUGGACGGCACAGCUCUAAAGCAACAGAUUAUCUUCCUGGAAUCAAAUUGUUGUAUCUAAACCUUCAGAGCUUACUUUACGUGUUAAAACACUUAGUUCCUUUUAUUCGACACACAGGGAAAAACAGCUCUGUCUUCAUGGGGCACAAGAAACGCAGGGCAGCGCUUGAUGGGGCCUUGAAUCUGGGAAGAAUUGUAAAUGCUUGCUUAUCUGGGUACCUUUGCAGCCUUGGCGUCCUCCCUAGGUGAUUCAGACAGUUCGUGGUGGAAGCCGGAAGAUGGCUGAUGUUCAGGUCCCAGUGUGCCCACUUUGUAACAGCCCUGUCCCAGUAAAAAAGGACGAGAUCCCAGAUGCGGUGGUCGGUGCGCACAUGGAUGGAGGCUGUAAACGUCACCCUGGGAGGAAGAAAGAGGCGCUCCGCCUGGGAAAUGUCAAGGAUGUAAAGUCAGACAUGGGCGUUCCUGCUUCGGCGGUGUCGGUGCUCGUUCUGAAGUCCCGCGUCUGUGGUCUUUCCCACGUCGUGGUCAGUCGUGCCCACGCGCCAGGUCCGCAGCUGACCGCGCGCGUGCGCCUCCCAGCCAUGCGGCCUCCGCCCGGUCCCGCGUCACCCGCGCUGCCUCUGCUGCUGUCGAUUUCUGAGCCUUCGGGGAUUCCGUGUCACAGAACAAAUGCAAUUAUGACAAAUUACCUGGAACAGGAGAGGGUGAAGUCUGUCCCUGAGCUUCUGUCCCAGACCCUCUGGCUGGAGCCCCCCGACCCCUUCCCGGCCCCAUCUCCUCCAGCCCGUUCCUGCUGCCCACGCUUGCCGCGCCGUGCCUCCGAGCCUUCCGGAAGCUUUGAGAGACGCCUCAGUGAAACCCCGGCGCCUUCAUUCUGUUUAGCUAAGGACCGUUUCCAGUUUAAGUGCCGAUGCUCUUACGGGGGGGCGGGGCUGGUUGAAUGGUUGCUCGGCGAGGCUGCCGGAACACUGAAGCAACUUGUCCGUUCUCAGAUUUUCUCGCGCCGCUGCUCGAAAGAGGGCUGCAGGCGGAAGGAGAUGCUGUGGGUGGCUCGCGCCGAGCGUCGCGGCGCCGUCUGCGUUCAGCACAGACACCCUCGGGACCACGGCUGCGCCCGCGGGGGCCCCCCUGCCGGCACGGCCGGGUGCUUGGCGGCAAGGGCCUCAGAUGCCGGGCCGUCGGGGGCUUCACGCGAGGGGCCGGGCGGCUGGCUGGCUCGGCGCUUCAGGUGGAGAGUAAAGUGACGACGUGACUGUGUUCAAACUGGCCUCUUUCCGAACGUGAUUUGCACUUUGUGGACACUUUUAUGCUCUAGCACUUGCACACUUCCCACCGCGAGCAGCUCUGCCCUGAGCUGAGCCGGUCAGGGGCUUCUGUCCCUUAACCUCUGUCCCUUAGACCACCGACAGUGGAUCUCAGUGUGUCUUCCUCACGUGGCUUGUGUGGUGAUCAGCCAUCUGAGCCCAGGCACGGGGGCGGGACUACACCUUCCCUGUUAGGGGUCCUUGUCCGGAGGUGGCCCCCAGCCCACCACUCCUGUUCCACUGAGAGAACAGCCUGUGACCCUCUGACUGCAGGCAUUGGGGUGACACCGAGGGCUUUGGGGCCUGUCAGGAGAGCCGUCCUCUCCCGGGACCUCAGGGAACCGGAGGAAGAGAGAUACCAUCCCAGUCGUAACCCGGGGCAUCCAGCCGUGCGUUCCAGACGGCCCGCUGCUCGCGGAUUGACAAAAAUCCAGGCAGUUACUCUUUCUUUUCUGGUUUCAUAGCCUCAAACUAUAAUGGUUGUGACCAGCUAGAG